UUACUUAACGUACUGUGUGUGUGUGUGUGUGUGUGUGUGUGUGUGUGUGUAAAAACAGGAACCCCUCCCGGUGAGCAGGAAGAAGGUGACGUCAGUUGUCACUUGGCUCAGCGCUGAGGACUGGAAUACUGCGCCAGAGGAAGUGCGCCCGUUCUCCGUCUGCGCGUCCCGACUUCCUGCUCUGAGCAGGAGAGAGAAAAGCUGCGGAUCCGCUUUCAGACAGCGGGGCAGCAACAGCAGCAGCAUGGAGCCCCAACACACCUCGCACACACCGCUUUAAAGACACAAACCCACACAUCGCACACGGACAGAGGAGCAGCCACAGCUAGAUCACCUGUGUCUUUGGUGUCCCCGUUCCCUCGCCAUCAUCAUGGAGAGCUCCAUCACACUCUGGCAGUUCUUGCUGCAGCUGCUGCUCGACCAAAGCCACAAACAUCUUAUCUGCUGGACAUCCAAUGAUGGCGAGUUCAAGCUGCUCAAGUCAGAGGAAGUGGCCAAGCUGUGGGGCCUGCGCAAGAACAAGACCAACAUGAACUAUGACAAGCUGAGCAGAGCACUGCGCUACUACUAUGACAAGAACAUCAUCAAGAAGGUGAUCGGUCAGAAGUUUGUCUACAAGUUUGUGUCGUUCCCUGAGAUUCUGAAGAUGGACCCUGCAUUGGUGGAGUCGGGUCGCAGCAGUGAGGAAAGCGGGGGCACCGCAUCAGAACCCGAGGCUGAAGAUGAGGAUGGGGGUGAGAGGAACCAGUACCUCCACUCCGGCCUGUAUUCCUCCUUCAAGAUCAGCUCCCUGCACCACUCCUUAGAGCAGCACCGGCCAAUCAAGACAGAGCCUAGAUCCGAUCGUCCGGAUGACGGCUCCUCUGUCAUCCGAUUCAUGACCCACCGUGGCCACUCCUCGCUCCCCUCCACCCCACCCCCAUCCUCAACCGAGAACUCCCAUUCCUCCAGGCCGUCUCCUCAGCUGGCCCGCUCUUCCUCCUCCUCAUCCUCCUCCCCUCCGCAAAGCCCCACCCAUAUGCUAGUGAGAGUGGGAGUCCAGAGCACAGAUGCAGAUGAAUUGGAGCCCAGCGCACAACCUCUAAACCUGUCAUCUGGUCAGAGAGACAGGGAGAGGCUACAGAGCAGGACAACACCAGAAAGGAGGGGACUGGCCAAUAGUACGCCUCUAAAAGGAAGAAAACCGAAAGGCUUGGAAAUCUCCGCCCCUUCACAUCUCUUGACAGGAAGUGACCUUGUCUCACUUGCCCUCAACAGCCCAGCUCUGCCAUCUGGGUCCCUGACCUCAGCCUUCUUCACAGCACAGACUCCGUCUGGUCUGCUGCUCACUCCCAGCCCUCUGCUCUCCAAUAUCCAAUUCUGGUCCAGCCUCAGUCCAGUGGGACCCCUGAGCCCUGCCCAACUGCAGAGCCACGCGCCCCUCUUCCAGUUCCCCACACUGCUGAACGGACCCAUCCCUGUGCCUUUGCCCGCCAUGGACACCUCCUCUCCUCUGCUGCUGUCCUCCAGCUCCCACAAGUCUUGAUGCCAGCCUAAGAUAACAGGGAAAUGGGCCGGACCACAAUAACACUGAACCGGCGCCCAUUAAACACAGAUGAACCGCCGAGGAUUUGGACUCGCUCUGUUACACUUUAAAUCCAACACCUGUUGCUUUGUAUUGAUUAUAGAAGAAACAGGAGCUUAUCUGAAACUUUGCUCUCUGAGAAGAGCAUUUGCAUUGGCCCCUUUUUCAUGUUUACUUGCUUUAACAUGUGUUUGGCGUUUUCAUUCCUUCAGGACAGAAAUCUUUGAACUUUUUUCAAGCAAAGAAUCUGAGUGAAGGCCAGACCUCAUCACACUUCAUGUCAUUUUUUUUAAAUCAGUCUCAUUCCACUUUGUCUAAGCUUCAGUGAUGCAGACCAGCUGAAAUAUAAUACUGCUUUCCCCCCCUUGCAUUAACUAAACUCAGUAUCCACAUUCCUAAUUAGUGUACACCACAGUGUCAGAGGCUAGUCUUAAUAGAUUCACACCAGCAGCUUAAAGAAAGCACAGAAAUAUACUUUCCUAUUGAGGGUUAGUGUUACGUGCCAGGAUUGUUGGCACUCCCGCGUAUGUGUGCAGAAAAUGAAGCUAGAGCCAGACAGUUAAAUGUUUAACUCUGCUUAUUCACAAGGUAAUAAAAUCCAAGUACUAAGUAAAGCAGUACUUUACUGAAAAAUGAAAGAUUUAUCUGUAAAUAAACUGACCUGUAACCCAGAAAAUCACUGACAUAGAAGCUCAUGAUUCAUCACAAUUCACAAGUUAUUUUAAUGUGUAAAGUACGCAAAGUAAGUACUUACUUGGCUGAACUGUGUAAACAAGAACUGAAAUUUACUAAAAAGUCAAGGACGUUUACAGUCCUAUCAUCUUAAUUGUUAAUGAAUCCCAAUAGAUUAAAAUCUGACCAGUGUUCUAGGAGGAGUGGUUCUUCUGAAAAUUGGACAAGGCAUCCAUGAAAUCUCAAACAUAGUCUUGACCUUGAGCACAGUUUGGGUGACGACCCAUUAAGUGAAUAUUGUGUGCAGGUUCGAGUCAGCUCUGACCAACACUCCAGGAGGAGUAGCGAUCUUUGUGAAUUGUGGACAGAUUUGUAUUAUUGUAGGGUCUCUACCUUACAACAUAAAGCACCUUCAGGCAAAAUCUUAUUAAUACCAAGAGAAGAGUCACAGCCUAAACCUUAAAAUCACAACUUAAAGCUUCAAAACACUUUUUGUGUGUGUGGAUUAAAAACUUAGUGAUUUAAUCACUAGUAAGCUUUAGUAAUGGAUUUCGUAACCUUUGAAACAGUCAAUGAACUGUUCUAGCUUAAUGUUUACUGCACAUAUAUGAAAGGAUCAGUCUUUGAAUUCAUCAAAAUUUGAUCAAAAGGGGACCAUAACUCGAGAAUUUGACACUACAGGCUACAUAGGCCAGUAAAGAAAACUUGCUACAACAGCGAGCAAGUCGUGAAUGAGGAUGAUACAGCUUUUUUCCCCCCUUUCCUUUCCUGCUAAACCUUCCUUUUAAUAUACCAAAUCUCCAAAUGUUCACAUUUUUUCGAUGUUGCAGGUCUCAGGAUUUUUAUUUUUUUUUAUUAAACACAAUAAAAAAGUCUUUGAGCCGGACAUGUGACCACAUGACAAGGGACCUUCACUGACUCCUAGCAGAACUCCUGCUAGCCAGAGUGCUACAACGCUGUGGAAGUCAUUAUUUCCUGUAUAAUAUCUUGUAUUUUUUCAAAUGCACUGUAAUUUUUUUAACCUUCUACCAGCUGUGCCUUUCUCAAUAUGUAAGAUUUAUGUAAAUGUGUUUAGCUUAAGUUUGACAUUCAAAGUCAAAAUUGCACAAAGAAUUUGUUUUUUUGUUUUAAUGUUUUUUUGUUUUAGAGAAAUGAAUAGAAGUGUAUUCUCAGUGA